UAGACAUCCAUAAAAAAGGAAAGGAAACAAACAGACUGCAGUUGUAUAAAUACAUUCUGCUCGUCCCAACUGCACCAUCUCCAAAUCCUACCCAAUAGAGAGAGAGAGCCAAGAAAGUCUCCGGGCUCCCUCCCGCCUCCUGUCAGGUUAGGGUUUUCGAGUUCAAAUCAAACCUAUUUUAAUUUUUAAGCAAGCAUCGUCUUCGUCCAAGGAAAGAAACUCCUUUCGUGUUUUCCAUCCAGAGACAUUCUUCGCGAUUGCUGACAGGUUUGUGAAGAAGAAGCUUGGGAUGGGGUUCUGGAUAUUCGGAUACGGGUCAUUGGUUUGGAAUCCCGGGUUUGAAUACGAUGAGAAGAAGAUUGGGUACAUCAGGGAUUACAGGCGGGUUUUCGAUCUAGCUUGCAUUGAUCACCGAGGUACGCCUCAAAACCCUGCUAGAACUUGCACCUUGGAGAAAAGUGAGGGAGCCAUCUGUUGGGGUGCUGCCUAUUGUGUUCGAGGAGGGGCAGAGAAGGAACAGAAGGCUAUGGAGUAUUUGGAGCGAAGAGAAUGUGAAUAUGAUCACAAAUCUUCAAUGGACUUUUUCACGGAACAAGACCCUGUUUAUCCUGCGGUAACUGGAGUUUUGGUGUUUAUGUCCACCCCAGACAAAGUGAAUAACAAGUACUACCUGGGACCUGCUCCGGUAGAAGUAAUGGCAAAACAAAUAGCUACUGCUUUUGGUCCUUGCGGGAACAACCGGGAGUAUAUUUUCAAAAUGGAGAAAGCCUUGCAUGAUAUUGGGCAUGAGGAUAAGUACAUAGUUGAACUUGCAAAUGAAGUGAGGAAAGCCCUUGGGAUGGUGGGAGUUUCAGGUCUGCUAAAGGAAAAGAAGAUGUUAAGCAUUGGCAGCGGCAGCAACAUUCAUCCGUCCCUCCAACUCAACAAGUCACUACACUUAUCCCCCCUUCAAAUCUGUCCCUUACCAGAAGCUGUUGUUCCCUCAGCUGUCGCCAUUGCCACGGAUACAUGAUGAGUUGCCGAAACCAAGUAACUUGAGAAUGAGAGGCUCAAUCCUUGAAACAUUAAUUGGUUCUUAGAUUACUUUAUUAACUCUGACUCUGGUUAAUUACAUGGAGAGGAGAGGAUGAGAGCUAAUUAUAUUUUAUUAAUUCUAUACGCGUACCUACGGCUGGUCGAAUAUUUAAUGCUUGUUGUUUUGUACUAUCCGAUUGAUUCUCUAAUGGGAAAGUUCAUUUCAUUGUUGUUUGUUCCAA